AUGUCUUUACAGUUGCCAGCAAACUCAUUGACAAGAAAAAUGGACCAGAAUAACGAGGAAAAUGAAAACCAUCUGACAGCGCAGUAUAGCAAUUCUUUGAAGACGCAACAACGCAAUUCGCACUACAAACGGAAAAGGAUAUACCGCUGUCAUCUGCCUGCAAUACCUCUUUCACUGCCUAUAAAUGUUUGUAAUCUCGUUCGCGUUGUCAUGCUUGUAGGCUGGUUGGUCUUCUGUGGGUUCGUCGAGACUUUUUUGGCUCAGUUGAGUGAAAUACGCUAUGAAAAUGCUUCUGUCAUGAAUAAGCACCCACUACCUGAUUUAUUAUACGAUGCAUUUCCUAAAAUUAACAAUAUGCAAAUUGUAAACUACUUAUUGACAACCACCGUAUUAUACACAGUCGGGCAUUGGAUUUUACGCAGAUUCUUGGACUAUGCAUGGAUGUUUAUCAUGGGAUGUCUUUAUAUUUUCCGAGGAAUCACUUUACUGGUUACUACGCUGCCUUCAUCUAUGAUAGAUCAGUGUCGACCUCCAGAAACAGUGCGGUCAGGAACAGUUGUGGAGCGUUUUGGGUACAUUUUCACUGUGAUGGGUGGUACAGCAUUAACAUGUACUGAUAAUAUAUUCUCCGGACACACCUGUGUCAUGAUGUCUUGCGUAAUGGUUUGGCAUGUUCACUUUGCCGCAUCAGCAGCAGCAAAAAAAAUUCAAGCCUUUGAAAAGUAUACUUUACCUCGUUGCAACGGCAGGUAUGCUUACGAUUUUGUUCACUCGUUUUCAUUACACUAUAGACGUACUACUCGCUAUAUACGUAACUUACACUAUUUGGAUCGUAUAUCUCGAUUACGUGCAAAAGCAACCAUAGCUCAAGCACUCGAGACUGAACACUCGGUUUGUGAUUUAUUUGCUGACUACCAUCGCAGACUUUAUAAAAACAAUGAUGGUGCCAAAGUUUACAAUUACCUCACUUACCAGUCUGGAAACUUGAACUCGUGUGAGGAACAGAAUGCAGAAAUAGAAUUGAAACAGGUUGUCAUAGAUGCAGAGUUGUAA